GGUGUCCUGGGGGAUCUCCUCCCAGAUCUGGACCAGGGCAUCGCUGAGCUCCUGGACAGGCUGAGGUGCAACCUGGUGGUGUCGGAUGAACUAAAACAUCAUGUCCCAGAGGGGCUCUGCUAGAUUUAGGUCAGGAGAGCGUGAGGGCCAGCCAGCAGUAUCAGUCCUAAAAUAAUGCAAGCAUCCAAAAUUAAACUAGGAUGUUUGGAAAUGACGUUUUCAUAGGGGAGCUAAUUAUAUGUGUGUGUGUGUGUGUGUGUGUGUGCAUUUGUGCAACUUAAAAAACUAAAAUAAGAAAAAGUAAAAUAUGUCCACUUAAAUAAAUGUGUGUAUGUGUUGUCAAAAUCAAUCAAAGGAAAUAUGAUCACUAUAGCCAAGAUCAAAAGAAGACAGAGAAACAAAGUAUCAGUUGCACAAUAAACACAAACUAUGGAAUCACUGUGUGAAAGCACAGGAGAAGCAAACCCACUGACUGUUGCAUUUCCAGAGAAAAUUAUUUUAAUGCAGGGCUAAAUCUUACUUUUGUGCAUUAUACUCUGAAGGAGCCCUUAGCCUAGAAAACUGUUCUGCACCUGAAGCAUGCAGGCUGCAUGCGAUGUUGAAUUGCUGUUAGGUCAAUAAUUAAAUUCCCCGGAGGCCUGAUUUUGUAUCUGGGGUUCAAAUGCAAUUUUUCUCCCCCUAACAGUGUAUAAUCCCUCGUCCGGGCAGGCCUGUAUUUCUACCUUAAACAUCCCUUUCAUUCCUUCAUUUAAUAAAUGACACCCAGAGGACGAAACGGGGACAAGUCCCCGCUGACACCUGUGAAAUAUAGACUGAUAAUGCUCCUGCCACUCGCUUAAUGCCGCUCCCUUCCACCUCCUUUUGUCUGACAGGCCAGCCAGAUGCAUGUAUCAUAAUGAGCGGAUCUCGCCGCCGUCAAUUAGGUGCAUCUUAAGCAUGUGACUGAAGAGAUGAGGGAUCUCUGCUGGCCUUUGGGAAUGAGCGUCAUUUCUCCUCCGAGCGCACGUAGCAUCACAAGCAGAGCGUCUAUUGCUUUGUCUUUUAGCAGCGCGGCGAAUAUGCGGUGAUGGUCCCAGGGGCGGUGUGACGGAGAGGAGCGCGGUGUACCGGCGUCCGCGCGCAACCCCUCCCCCUCGUCCUUUUUUUUUUUUUACAGAGAAAGAACUCACUCAUUGUUUGAUUUAAUUACUUGCUUUAGACUUCAGCAAUUAUAGCUGAGCAGCACAUAUGUUAAUUAUAUCUGACCUCACAUUUUUGCUGCUCUGUUAAUUGUUCGCUUAGAUGACAUUCUGAGAUGACUGUCAUUGCUGCUGCAUAUCGGGCAAUUUAAAGGGAAAAAAGACCUUGGAUGGCUUUGUGACAGAUUUUGGUCAGUGGGAAAGUUUACACUGCAACACUCAUUCCAAGUGGAGGUGGAGGGGGGCGUCAUGACUUGUCUGUACAUCCAUCAAACAGAGAUUACGUGCACCUCCUCCCUGUAUCUACGAGCCUAAAGAUGCCGGGCCAGCGAUUUUCUUUCCCCUUCCUUUUUUUAAUGCAGAACUCACUUCCUGUUGUUUACGAGAUGAUGCAUUUUGUUUUUCUCUUGCCAUUAUUACCCAGGAAACAUCUAAACCCACUAAUGUCCCAGUUCAGAGCUCAUUUUGUCUCUUCUAAUGCACAUUCCCUUCCGGAUGUCCUAGGCUGCAGAAAUCCAUUAAAAAUAGCUCGCAAAGACAAACUGCAACCUGAACUAAUACAUCAUGUUAAACGACACAUGUACUGCAAUUUUUGCGAGCACGGUUUUGCCACACGGCUUAUUAUCACAUCUAAUGAGGACGGUUUUCACUUUUGCCGUCGCUGCACGCUGUGGUUUAAUUCCCCUGCCAGUGAGGAGGCAGAACAGAAGUUAAGGUAGCGUGGAAGGCAGAUACACGUAGCCAGCUCUUCAGACUCAUUUUGUCUGGCAAUAUCGCUGCGGCGGUGUGACCGCGGCCUUACGAAGCAGUGGCAGGAGAAAUGAAAAAUGCGCGUGCUGUUCGCCAUGAUUGUAUUUGUUAAUGUAGCCGUAUUGUCUCUGCGAGCCGUUUCUAAUGGACUGUGCUUUUGUUUGUCACCUUAAGUGAGCGGUGAUGCCUCUUGCUUCACUUCACCACACUGGAGUUGGUUUAGGGAAAACAGGUGUUUUAUUUAGGGAGGAAAUGACACGUUACACUUGCUGUAUUUCAGUCACAUCUAGUCCAAGGUAGGUUGGCGAAUGAUAGGUUUAAAAAAAUGCACUUAAACUUGAAUGUGGUGUUCACGCAGAGUCUGUCAAAACCUAUCCAAAGCUUCCUGACACUGCACGUUGACUCUGGAUGCUAAAGAAAAUGUUAUGAGAGACACAAAUUAUGAUAGACAAUUUUAAAGAAAACCUGCCAUUUGUGUUUUCUCAAUGCUUCCCUGCCAUGAAACGCGCUCAAAUUGCUUUACUUGCUUUAAUAUACAGCUACGAUUUAACCGUGUGCUCGCCGAGCAGCUCUGCUACGCGGGAAAGUCAGAACCGGCGGCCUGGCUCGUAUAAAACGCACUAAGGCCGUGUAAAUAUUGUCGUAUAUUGUAUAUACUCCAGCGGGCUCGUGUUAUAAUUAUAAUUGUCAUUCCAAUUCACGCGUUUGACAGUCAACUGAUGCACGGUAAAUAGCAUCACGUGUUGGUGAGUUCCAGCGCGCGUCUGCUCGUCCUCUUUGUUGAUUCUGUUUGCAUUCGGCAGAUGCUGUUUUCCUUUCCACACUCACAUCUCCUGAGAUAUUAAAUCAUUUAGAGUUUUUCUUGACUGAUGCACAUGUAACGUGGGCACAGAUGAUUUGUCCUCUUUGUGUUGGAAAAGUCACACAAGUGCUGGUUUCCCGGCUUCUUUUAUAGCUGACUUUCCUUUAUAGCUCGCUCGCACUCAACCUAAUAUGACUCACCACUGCGAGCAGCGUUUGUAGUUUUGAUUUACUCCAAAGACCUUUUUUUUUUCUUCUAAUAGACGGGUUUUUUAAAAAAUUUCUUGCUAAUGUCGUGUCGGUGUGUACGCAGGCUCGCCUGUUUUGGUCGAGAUUCUGAGUUGAUGGCAGCGCACAUUCAUUAAGCGCAGUGGCUCAGGCUUCUUCCCACCAGGAUUCACAGACAGCUGUCAGUUCAAGGAAGAUCUCCUGCACUGAUUGUGCAUCAACAUUCGCUCCGACUUCCCUCUCACAGCUCCUUACUUCAACAUUUACAUACCCAUCAACUAGGUGACUGUCAGGGCACAUUAUGCAUGUCUCAGAAUAUGCAGGUUAAUGUGUUUAUGCCAUUAUAGCUUAUUAAAGCUUUGUUAAAGUAGGAUUUUUUUUUAAAUAUGGGACACUUAAUAUUAUAUGAGAGUUUAUGGUGGUAAUGAUAGAAACAUUGCCCCUGCAUACAUGCUGCAAACGCAGCACCUUCAUCAUCCCACUGGGGUCAUUUCUGUGUCUAUUGUUGUCUCUCGUUUUAGCGCCGGCUCUCUCUCUUAAGUUUCUCUGCUCUACAAACACCUGAAAGAAACACGAGGGCAUUUAUUUUUCUUUUACCGGCUAUAAUUGCUUAGUUUGCCUGCUCUUUGGCGUUGGAUAGGUGGUAUGCGCUGGGUUUAUCAGUUUGUUUGCUGAAAACAGUUGCCUGCUUCAGCAUCCAUAGCCGAUGUUAUCAGCCCAUUGAAUGGCUGUUAUCGCUUGUUAUCACUCCCAUACAUAUCACCAAUAGGCGCCCUGCUCUUCUUAGCAGCCGGCUCAGUAGACUGUUAUCAUCAAUUGUGAUCGGUGAUAAACAGAGGAACCCAGAUUAAGAGCAGAGGCAUCUAGAGGUCAUGUGAGGAAGUGCAUGUAAAGUCUCUAGUGGGAAAUAUGGAUAUCAAUCAGAACAGUGAUCUUUUACUAACCCUAACCAAGUAGUAUUGUAUUAGUUGUGAGAUAAAUGCCUGUUUUAGAGCUGAGGAUGAAUGGCUCCAGGUCUCUGCAACAUAAUUAGCCCAUGGUAAUGGGUAAAUAUUCCUUUCAAAAUAAGACACACAACUACAACACGGGAAAAGACCCAGGGAAACAGAGUUAAACAUAAAUUUCACAGCCGAGCCUCAACUCUCGCAGCCCGGUACUGGUCCAUGGCCGGGGGGUUUGAGACCGCUGGUCUGGAGGAGGACUCAUUGGAAGAGUCGUGAAGUUUAUCACUGGAAACAACAGAACUUUGAUUCAUAAACAGUGUUAAGCAGAUGUGGAUAACACAUUAAACAUUGUCUUUUAUUGGUUUUUCAGCGGUUUUACACUCAGAUGUGACAGUAAUUUGGUGCCUUUCUAGAAUUCAUGUAAUGCUAAGCAAAAAUGACUUUAUGGAUUUUUCUUGAUUUAUCAGAAAUGGAAAGAAUAAUUUGUGACAGUAAGUCUUGCAGGCCUGUUUUUGCUUUCUGUGUGAGUGUCUGUAAUAUUGAUUAGCAGAUGUUUGGGGAAAAAUAAGAUACUCACAAGAAAUUUUAACCAUAUGUUCCUUUUAUUGUGUUUAUUAUAUUUUAUCUUGCUCUUCCUGUUCACUGCCGCAGUAAGGAGUUGUUGUUUUUUUAUUCAUUGGUAUUCAGACAGGCUGGCCCAGGGUGGCAAUCUGUUAAAGAACGUGGAGGGGGGUGUCACCUCUCAGUUAAGGCAGCGCUGGCAUCCUCGAGGCCUGGUGUGCUUGGACAGUCGGCCUCAGAGUUAGCAAGUGUGACUGUGGAGGAAUGGAUGCUAAAUAACAGAGCCCGCAGCGCUGCCCUCCCGCCUGGCUGGCUAGCAGGCGUGACGCGACAGGGCUGAGGCCAGAGUCAGCUACAAUCCAUUACUUUUACCUGAGGAAGAGGAGAGGCAGAGCGAGAGCGAGAGAGAUUGAGUUAAGGGCCGGAGCACCUUUCAGCACUCUCUUCUGCAUGCUAAUUCCACUAGCGCUUCAAAGGGGAUCAAAAUCUGCUGGCUGGGAAACGUGGCCUCUCAACUGACUAAAGGAAGGCGAAAUCCCCUUUUCUGCUCGAUGCCUCUCUAGCAGCCAGUUUGCACACAUAUGCAUAAUAACAUACAGCUGCACGGUGGCUAAACGAAGUAUUUUAAAGUACAAGCUUCGUAUCCUUGAGCGUUACGUCAGCUGGCUCAUAAAUUUCAAAAGGUAUUGAGCUUGCUUAUAUAACUAUAUACACCUCUAUAUGUCUCCUAUGGUUGAAGGGCAGCUCUUUCACAGGCUGAAGGGCGUUUCUAACCAGCUGAAAUUGACAGAAGUCAACAUUUUAGUUUUAAAUUAAAAAUUCAGGUUUUUUUCCCCCCUUCCAAAUUCAUCACUCGCUCAGGGAUGUCACACACAUCCAUCCCAACACAAAUCACUGGCAUCUCCUAAAAUUUCCCAUGCACACCGGUUGGUGAACGCGAUGAGCAUUUGUGCAAAGAGCGUGAAGCAGAGGGUGAUUUUUUUUUUUUUGAGGCGCUGCUUAAAGCUAUCACUAUCGGAGUGGAAAGUACACAUGACAACUGGUUUGCAGGUUCCAAAUGAGAAACCACCACAAACAGCGUGGGUGUGGGCGGCAGGAGAGAGAGAGGAGAGGAGAGGGGAAGGCAGGGGAGGGGGUAAAAAUGCAGCGUGGAUUGGCACCCGGUGACAGUGAUAAAUUUCACCAAUCGUCCAGUGUGAAGAUCUGUCUAAUCUUUGCGGUGGCUCACAGCGGGGUAGGACCCCAUCACUCUCCCAUUAUUUGACAACAAAACAUCCGCGGAGAGCGGCGAGCCAGGUUCAGUUAGCUACAAUACACUCCCUGCAUACACAAAUCCCCGGCGAUGGGGAUUAUAAAGUGGCUCUGUAGCCGGCCGUUAAAGGGGCAGGCCAUUAAAAUGCAGCCACAACCACCUAUCCACGCUCUCACCGUGGAGUGGCUGAGAGAGAACAAAACAAAGCCGUCUGUCAAUAGCCUUUAAUUUUGAAUAGAGAGCAAAUAAAAUUCAAUGCCUAUAAUGGCCUUCAUUUUCCUGCAGACUCUUGAAAUUGAUUCGAUGGCUUAAUUUGGCAGCGGCAGGUGGGAUGCCAUUGGCAAACGUAUACGGCUGCAUGCGGUUCACCCCAGAUGACUCAAUAAACAGCGUUUGCAGCAGUUUAGCAACAAAACAUUUUUCCGAGGCCGUGCAUCGCGGUCCAUAUGCAUCUAUCACAGCCAUGUGGUGUUCUGUUGGCAGUUACAAGAUCCGCGUUUACACCCAAAAUGUUAUUUUGAUUUCACUGACACAGAGAUAAUGUUUCAUAACACACAGUCAGUCACGAAUUAGCCCAUCUGUCUGUUUGAGCUUCCCGGUGCUGAUGGAGUCUCUCUGUGUUUGUGUUUGUGUGUGUUUGACCACAGUGGCUCAGCCCUCUCCCCACCAGGAUUCACUGACGGCUGUCAGCUCAUUGAGUGACUCCUCCACAGAUUGUAUUUGAGCCAAAAUCCUGAUCCCUCGUCUCGCUGCUCCUCUCGUGCUUUGCUUUCUCACUCCUCCCCGGCUUGUCGACAUGCAUAUGCUGACACACUCGCACGUGUAUAUACAAGCGCUCGCACACGCUCGGGAUGAAAUGUUCUCUUACAGCUUGCGGUAUCAACAGGAGAUUCUGGCGACAGUGUGAAACUGAAUCUGAAAGUGCGUCUCGUGUGUGCGUGUCACCCGAAUGAAACAAUAUGGCCUCUAAAUGUAAUUUUAAGCCUUGCAUCCACACAGGCGUGCGAGCUAUAUCGGGCCGUGGCUGGCGUAGCGCGCACGCAGACACGCCACCGUUGUUGCCAGUGCAAUGCUAGUGUUACGGGGUGGUAUCGGAGAUUUUGUCACGCUGAACAGUAGUAGCAUCCCUAUUGUGGGAAAGUUCCCAACUUCUUUAUUGCAAUAUGCUUGAUAUUUUGAGAUAUGCCGCCAGCAUUUAAAAUAGCUUCAAGGCUCUGGGACGGCAGGUUAUUUGAAGAAACCUGGGGAGCACGCUGCAGUCCUUGUGUGGAUUUAGACGGUCGCGGUUGCUUGUGUCUCUUCAUGUAAUCCCAGACGGACUCGCCGAUGUUGAGAUCAGGGCUCUGUGGGGGCCAUACCAUCUGUUGCAGGACUCUUUCUUCUUCUUGUGGCUGAAGAUGGUUCCUUAACACUGGCUGUGUUUGUUGGCUCGUUGUCGUGCUGCGGGAUGGAUUUUGGAAGAGAUUAGGCACCUCGGUGAUGCUACCGUGUGAUGAUGAUAAACCAAACAUCUAAAGUGUGCCACACUGUGCCGUGCAUCACAGUGCAAUUAAAUUUAGAAACGAUUUCAUGUCGAUCACCUCUUUCUGACGUAUAUAAGCACACAUUUUACUACUACGUUGCCUCAGUGGGGAUCAGAUCACUUAAUACACCCAUGAUUUUACAGGUUGUCACAGCUGAAGCAAGUAUGAAGCAGGAUUUAGCACCAAAGCAAAAAGUUUUUCUAGACAAGGCUGGAUAUUUCUGACCCUUCACGAAGGGAAGAUGUGACAAAAGCUCUCCUGCGAUCUGAAGGCUUGAGCUUGCAUUGUGCGCUAUAUGCUGUCAAAUGAUAUUUUCUUUAAUAAAACAUUUCUAAAAGCAAGAGCAACAAAUUAGCUUUAGCUUUGUGUCCUCCAGUUGUGUCGAAAUAAUGUCCUCUUCAGUGCUUUUCACCUUUACUCUGCAAGCCCCGUAGCCGCAGUCUUGUGAACAAAGCUGCGCGUUCAUCCCUCCGUCUCAUCAGACUCCUUCUCUCCAUCCUCUGCUUUCUCCUCAUCAAAGAACAGGCGGAAAGCCUCUGCGCCCGAAGACUCGCAUUGCUGAGCAAUUUUGAUCAUGGUAUAAAUUUUAAAUCUGAAUCCAACAGGAAAAACGAGUUCAGUUCUGAAUAAAGAAUCAAAGCGUUUUGGAUGUUUUUCAUAGCCUCCUCCUUGUCAAACACUUCUUUUAUUGUCUUUUCUCGCACGUUCUCUCUCUCCCUCCUUCUACCUAAACCUCACCCGUCACCCCCACGCAGCGUUUCGUAAACAAGUACAAUAAAACGACGCACCAGAUUGAGAACGGCUAUGAUUUACAUGUCUGAUUACAGUGUAAUUUCGCACUUAUUUGCAUGGGCCUUCUCAACGUCUUUGCCGAGCUGGAUCGCUCUGCAGCCCGGGCCAUUUAAAUGAGAACGAGCAAGAUGGAGUGAGAGGGGGGAGGGCAGAAGAGAGACAGAGAGGCAGACAAAGUUCAAGUUAAAGUUCAAGGUCAUUUAUCUCCAUGGCCGUUUAUCACACGCGAGUCUCAAAGGACUUUAAAGAGACAGGAACAGAAAAAGAAAAGAGGCAGGAACAAAAGAAAAAAAUCCAAUUACAUCCAACUAAUCAGCAACCAGUCACAAAACAAAAUGAAACAGUGUGUUGAAAGGACGUGGCUGUGUACCAAACCUUCUAAUCAGCCCGAGAAAAAGACAGACCGGUGCUUUUUUUCUUUUCUUUUUUAAAACUCAAAAAAGUGCUUCAAUAAAAAAGCUUUGUGCUUCUCUUCAGGGGCAGUUUACUCCAUUAAUACACAGUAAAUGAUUCUUCGCCCACCUUCAGCUGUGAGUUUACACCUAGAGUCGUUGUUUACUAGGUGGAGAUUUAUGCUUUUCUAUAUUUAAACACUCGCAUAAAAAUAAUCACUUAUUACCUGAAGAUUAGUUGUUGCUAAAUAUUAACACCCACUAACGACACCGAACAUCCAGCUGAAGCAACAUCUGCAACUCUCAGCGAAGUAUGUAAUAUCUGCAUCGAUCCGCUGUGCAAAUUAAGGUUAAUUAAAACAGGAGCAUUUUUUUAUAGCUUUCAUUUUUCUUUUUUGUUUGGAAAUAACAAAUAACAAGUUUGUUUCCAGCGUUACUACCUUAUUAUUAUUCUUUCUUCCUCCAAACUGGAUUUUUUUAAAUAAACCAACAAACAAUGUUAAAUCACUGGGUGAGGUUACCAGAAUAGUAACCUGAGCCUGGCAGUGGUCAGCUGUGAACGUCACAAUUUCAAAAUCAGUGUUUUCUCCAAAUCCAGGAACCUCUGUAAUGGCCCUUUGUAGAGACUGUAAAGUGAGGGUGUGUGGGUGUGGCUGAGGAUGGACUGGGAGUGCAGAACAUCUUAUUACGAACAGCCUUUUGUCUUAACUCAAGCAGGUCAAAACUUGGAGCUCAGCAGCAAUCCUAGCAGAUCAGUUUUAAACGGGUCUCACUCUCAUACAACGUCUAAUUGGCUAGUUCACGUAGGGCCGGCUGUUUAAGCUCCCUCACGGUUGUUGCUUAGCUGCAAGCCGCUUUGCAACCCCACCUACUCCUUGCAUUACGGUUCUGACUUAAUCAGUUUCACAUGCGUUGUCACUGACGCCUGCUCUGCUCUCUGUGUGCAUACAGAGACUGCAUUAGGCGAGGAGGUCCCUGAACAGAGCCUUGCUGCCAAAUGCAAAAUAUUGCAGACAGAAAUAUGCUUUGACAGCAGUCGUUUUUAUUCUAGUUUAUUUCCAAUCCCUCAAAAUAUUGUGGAUUCAGCAUCAUGCUAAUUAAACUAUCAUUUAGUAAGAAUAUAUGAAUGUAUGCAAAAUAUUUCAAAGAACUAGCAAACAAUGAUAAAUUAGCUGUACCCUGGAUAUGAUAAACCACCACCUUUGAGACCUUUUAUCUCCAGAUGAAGAUCCACUGUCUGUUAAUAACUGAUCUUUGGUACUGGAAGCUCUCUGGUUUCUAAUUUUGGUGCAUUUGUAGGAGCGUUUAGGCUUUGUGUGCAGGCUUUCAUCAUUUGCUUUAUAUUUCUUUUUCUGCUUUUAAAGUAGGACUGUAGAGAGUGACCAGCGUGGAGCAAGAAGAGUUGAUCUGUUUAUCAGCUAGUUAAAUCAGCGGAUGAUGGUUAAUGUGUUCCCAGAUUGUGUAAACUGAAACUAGCUGGAGGUUAAAAAGAUUUUGGGAAGGACCGGUCAGACAGUCUUCAAAAAGUAAGCAGAACAGUGCGUGUAACCUACGAUUAUUAGGAUGCACGUAUGGACUGGGUUUUGUGUGCGCGGUUCUGAUGUUCAAGGCUGGAUUUGUGUUGCCGCCAUUAACAGUUAAAUGUGUGUCACAGGUUCCGACUGUAAAAAUGCUCUAAAGCAGUCCAGCUCUGCUCUAUAAAGUGCAGUAUUUUAUGUUUCUCUACAGAUGCCAUUUAUAGUUUUGUCUGAGAAUUUCAUCAGUGCUUUUUAUGAGAGGUUGGCUGUAUUUGACACUGCUUUUAUGAGGCCAGUUACGUUUUAUGUGGAGCCUUCAGUGGAAAUGUUGAUGCGGUAUGAUUGCUGGAUUAUGAAGUUUAUAGGGAACAGUGGAUGUGUCCAAAACACACAGCUUCCGUUUAGCUAAAAGAGAAUGACGUUUUUCUGGGGUUGUAAUUUAAGCUUUCUCUUUCAUGCAUAUCUUAUCUAAUUGCAUUAGGAUUAAACUCCCAGUGUGCUGAAUAGACAGAUAUGUUGGUUUUACUUGCAUUAUUGUGUGAUUUUAGCACUCUUGUAUUGUUGGUCCUUUUCUGGGGGGUCUUCUGCAAAGUUUUUAUUUCACCAAUUACCCCUACUCUUUCAUUUACUGCAAUAAGCCAUUAAUUUCCACUUGUUGUCAUUAGUUAAACCACUUAAAAAAAAGAAUUAUGGCAAAUUCCAUGCAAAUAGUGAUUAAUUAUAGCUGGAUUUAGUCUAUUUGUCCUCAUGGAAGCCGUACAGGGCGGCUUGCUGGGUGAUUCAUUUCUCCAGGUCCCAGAGAUGCGCAGCACCUCUGCCUUUUCAUCACCCUGUUUAGUUCUCAUUGUUUCCUUGACUUUCAGGCGUCGUGUUAAUGCACACUGCGACCACUGCAGACUCUGGAAUAUAUCAUUGUCUGAUUACGUUCUAUAAAUGGAUAUGUGGCUAUUUGCCUAGAGGAAGUGUCACAUUGGUAUUAUGUGUGAAAAGCUACGUUUUCAGCGCAGGUACAGCUGCAGCAGGUUGUCAGAAUGUCCGUUUGCUCUGCAGCAGCUUUCUGUUCCGACGGGGAAAAACUGCUGAGGGAAUUAUUGGCCGUCAAGGGGAAGCUCUAUUAGAAUAUCUGUGAUGGAUCCCAGAGCGAGAGUUGAUGUUGAGGCUUUUUUUUUCCAAGUCAUUUUUUUUAGGUACCUUAUGCAUAAGUACUGCAAUUCAGACUACUACUUAAGCCCUUUGCAGAGGUGCUUAAGUCUUCUCUCACGCACAGCUUCCUCCCUGCUCGUUUCUGACAUUGAACUGAAGUGCAAAGCACUGCUGCUCCCAGCAAGAUGCUCAAAAUGGUCAUUUGCAUUACGUAAAGGUUCCAGUGAAGUCCAAUACAGUCGUCCUGACACCUUACCUCGAGGAGCUGUAGGUUAUUCAGUUGGUUUUAGUUACUUUUAUUCAGUAAAUCUCACGGACGUCUGUGAGGACAGAGUGCACCAUGGCAAUGACAACAAUCUAAUCAUCUGACAAAACCGGGUAUUUAAAAUGCAUAAAAUCACAAAUAAUACAGAAUCUAAAGACCGCAGACAGGCUAUCUCUAACUUCAAGUUGUAGUAUUGAUAUUUUUUAUAUAAGUAAAAUGAUUAAAAAGGAUUUUAUUUAUAUAGGCAACUUUUAAAACAAAGCUAAAUUAAACCUUAAUACAAAAAAAUGGCAAUUAAAUAUAAACUUCAUGAAAACCCCUAGUAAUGUAUAUUUAAAUUUAAAUGCAGAAGACGAGCACUCUCAGGAAUAAAUAAGUAAAUGUGCAUUUACGAAUAGUGUGGCUUGGCUGAUCUCCCCCAGCAAAUUAGUCAUAUUUAUAUCAAACAAUAUACAUAGAAAUAAAGCUUGCUCACUCCUGCUUUUCAGUGUAAAUCGGGGAAUCUUCAUGAGGCUCAUGUGGGAAUAACACUGAUUGAUGUAGUCUGUGGCCAGAGUCCCAGAAAUAGCCUUCUGUUUCUGUUUGUUGGGACUAACUGUGUUGGAAAAUUUGGGCAGGUACCUUGAUGCAGAAAUAACCUUUUAGAAGUUGAAUAUUAAUAAUGAUAAAAUGUGCAUAGAUUUAUUUUCCAGACAGCAACAAGCUUUCGACAAGGAUAUUUCUCUCUUUUUAAUCUUCCUCCCCUGAGUUACCUUUUUGGCUUUUUGACAUGCACACCAGGGGCAGGACAGUGAUCAGCAGGAGGGUCCUGGGUUUGAAUCUGGUGGUCAGCCUGGACCUUUCAGAUUCAUCAGCACCUGUGCCAACAGCAGCGAGUCGAGUGACCCAGCUCCAGGCCGACCGGCUUCACCUGUACAUGGAGACCCCCAGCUGGGCAGGAAACACGUUGUGUAAGUCAGGAAGCAUUGCUGUCUUCGGGAACGUGGUGUACAGCGGACUGCUGAACGAUCACCUCUGGCAUUUGGGAGUGCCCCUCUUUACAAGACUGGGUAACCAAGAGGCCACCAACCCCCCAGAAGCGAUGGCCCAGCCGUACACCCCAGCCCAGUACCCGCCUCCCCCACAGAAUGGCAUUCCCGCAGAGUUUGCGGCACCUCACCCGCUCCCGACGCAGGACUACACCGGGCAGAGCCGGGUGCCCGAGCACGCCAUGACCCUCUACACGCCCACACAGACGCACAGCGAGCCGGCCGGCACUGACAACAGCACGCCCGCCACCACGACCGCACCGGUCAGUGUCCUUCACCACCUGCAAACACUGUUCUCAACACGCUGUCAGCAAACAGAUGAUGUGACGCAAACAGAGGGCUCUCAGCAGCUCCAGCUCCAGCACUCAGACUCUUCAGAGAAGCAGCAGCCCAAAAGGUUACAUGUCUCCAACAUUCCCUUCCGCUUCCGGGACCCUGACCUAAGGCAAAUGUUUGGGCAAUUUGGAAAGAUUUUAGAUGUGGAGAUUAUCUUUAAUGAGCGAGGAUCCAAGGGCUUUGGGUUUGUAACUUUUGAAACAAGCACAGAUGCUGAUCGUGCACGGGAGAAACUAAACGGUACAAUCGUAGAGGGACGCAAAAUAGAGGUGAACAACGCGACAGCACGAGUGAUGACAAACAAAAAAGUGGCCAACCCGUACACGAACGGCUGGAAGCUGAAUCCGGUGGUCGGAGCUGUCUACGGUCCUGAACUGUAUGCCGUAACAGGGUUUCCCUACCCUGCCACAGGCGCUACGGUGGCCUAUAGGGGUGCCCACUUGCGGGGACGGGGACGGGCUGUGUACAACACAUUCCGCACAGCUCCACCUCCACCACCAAUCCCAGCUUACGGAGCGGUGGUGUACCAAGAUGGCUUCUACGGUGCAGAGAUCUAUGGUGGCUAUGCAGCAUACAGAUUUGCCCAACCCACCACCACCGCUGCUUACAGUGACAGCUAUGGCAGAGUCUAUGCAACAGCAGACCCUUAUCACCACACGAUUGGCCCUGCAGCCACAUACAGUGUGGGGACCAUGUAAAUACAAAAUGAAGAGCUGUACUCAGUAUUGAUGGACAUCACAGAUGAAAACAACGAAGAGAGGAGAACUAGCUUUAAGAAAAUAACAAAAGAAGAAGAAGACAAGGAGGAGUCCCUCUACUGAGGCUGGCGAGGAAAGACGGGAGGCGUACAAAGUGGCGCCGCGGCAGUGGUGUCAAACCAGCCACAAACUUGACAGACGGAGUGAGCCAGUUUCCACCAGGGACCACCUUUUUGCCGGGUAGAAAAAGACAGAGAUAGAAUGAAAAGUGUCCCGUUAUUAUAAAACAUUUUAUUUUUCUAUACUUUUGUGAUUUACAAUGGUAAAAAAAAAAGUGUGUAUAAAGCAGUAUAUAUGUACAAAUCUGUUUUUAUGUUUUUUGGUAAGGGAGAUGAACAGUUGGCCCUUGAUGCUGAUUCUGUGGUAUGCAGGAAGGAGGAGGGAGGAGCCCCGCCCCCCCUCCUCUCUCUGUGGCACACUGCUCUGUCGCCGAGGUCGUGUUUGAAAAAAAAAAGUUACAAAACAAAACAGAAAAGGUGGCAGGGAGAGCUCGGCAUCCAGGCAGAAGCACUUUCUAUGCUGUACUUCCUGUGGGUGGAGUCAAAGGUCAACCUCCUGGUCUCACUGCUCCGCCUUCUUCCUUCCAACCUCCCCAAAACUCCUUCCUUCCUUCUCGGGCCGGUGAUGACGCUCUUUCCUCCUUGUUGCGGUGUCACUGGCCUGCAGCGCCUAGCGUUAGCAGCGUCCCCCGUGGAUACUGUUGUGAUGUCACUUCCUCCCGGCAGCACCAUUGGGCAUCCCCGCCCUCCCCAAUGGGCAGCAUCACUGGUUUACAGCGUUGGGGAGUGGGGGGGGUGAGCCACGGCGGGACGGUGAGACGGUGUAAAGCCGAGCCUCCCCGUCUGCCCCUCUCCACGCCCCAGCAGAGGUCACUGACUGAGGACUAGUUAGAGAACACGGCGCAGAAGUCGCCGACUUUACUCACCUGCCAGACUCCGAGCCCAAGCCUUUGCGUCACUCCGCACCGACGGACAAACUGUCAGACCAACGCGACGAUAAGGUGCGUACGACUACCAAGGAUGCACGUUUCCACCUGACGAGAAUAACUCAUCGACGUCCAUGUAACAAAUUGAAUUAUAAUCGAAUAAUCCCAUCGUACUACAUCAGCAGGUGCAUAACCAAAACACAAGCCUGAGGCAUAUAGACUUAUGUCGCUAGAUAAAACAUAUAGAAAUACAGUAGUGCCCAUCCAACGGUAAUCGAGGAACUAGGGCUGAAAUAUGUCAACUUUUCUUUGUCCGUGUAUUCUGAGAAUAUUUAUUUGUGUGUUUUUUGUAUUUUUUUGCAGCACUGAAAGUUUUAAACAGGAAAAAAAAAGUUUUAAUUUGGUGGAAGCGAAACCUUAAUUCUUUAUAUCAGGAAAAAUCACUGUAAACGUGUUAAAUCAAGAAUGUUGGUUCAGUUUUUGAAUGUACUUUAAUGUCUAGGGUGUCCAAUAAGUAUGUAUUCUUUUUCUGUAUAUAAAUAUAUAUACAUAUCUAUUAUAUGGGCUGUGGUGAUGUCAGGGAAUAGAGGGGGUGGGCAGGAAAGCCUCUGGCCCCCAACAUAGAUAUCAGACCCCUCCCACUAAAUAUGUCCCUGAUAUUUACUGUAACAUGUGAUCAUGUGUUAUAUGAUUGAAAGUGUGACGGUGAUAGUGUGAACUGAUCUCCCCCGACAUCGCCCCCCGAAUCCCACGUUUACCACACAAGCAAAUGUAUACUGUGCACAAACACACACAGGUUAACAACACAGGCAGGAUCACACACACACACACAAUCCCCAAACUGCUUUUUCCCCUCUUUUUUUGUGCCCCACUCUGAGCAAAAACACCACAUCCCACUUUCAGACACUUCACAAAAAGAACCACAUCUGCGCGCUAACUCCGGCCCCGCGCCGGAGCUCCAGCACUUGCUAAUUAGCGCAAAGUUUAGUGGGAUAAAAAGUUUAUGAAUAUUGAUUUUUCUUUUCUUACUUGAACCAAAGCAUGAUUUGAACACACAGUCUCAGUGCUCUUUGAUCAGGAGACAGCGGGACUCGGUGAUGACGGCGGAGCCCGGAUGUGUAUUGACGUGACCCAGAUUUCAUUCGCUCAUCGCCGCCGAGGUAGAGCUCGCUCUCCCGCUAACGUAACGAGCCUCGCUGACGAAGCCCGGCUCGCGGCUUCCUGCGGCAGCUGCCUCGGUUUAUGAGCCGCUGUUCUGGCGCUGACCCUGGUGGGCGGGCGGUUUUAUUGCGUAUUGGAAACAACCUGCUGGCCCUGAGGAGAAACUUUAUCAGAGGCGAGCGGGUUCGGGUGAAGCACAACUUUGUUUGAGAGUUCAGGGUACACUACUUGGUAGUGGUUUUGUGUGAGUGGUUACAAGAGGGUAAGACUAGGUUAAGCUCCUGACUUCCUGUACAAAACUACAGUGUGUACUGUUAAUAUCCUGUACAGUAAAUCUCACCUCACACUUCUUGAUUAACUUCAUCUUAUUUCAGGUUAAAAAAAAAAUGUACUUGUUCUAAAUCAGGGCUCCUACCCACGCGACCUCUGUUCAUCCGUAGACAGCUUCUCAUAUAUUACAGAGUAUCUAUAUCAUGCCAACUAACUGUCGUGAAGUCUAAUUGGGGUAAAGUCGGUCAUUCGUUCUCCCAUGCAGCGAUCACACGCAGGCUUAGCGUCUUCAUACCUGUAGGUUUGUCACGCGGUUCCUCUGGCCUACUUACGGGCUACAGCCCCGCGGUAGGUCAGAAGCAACGCAGGAGCAGGCUGGAGUUUUACUUCGAUGGCAACUUUGUGGAAAGCAGAGCUUCUCUGAAAGGAAAACGGGGGAAACCUAAAUGGUCACUACAUGAUCAGCAGCGAUAAAGAGCCACAGUUUGUCGUUUGUUUUUUAACGAACUUUAGGUUUUGGUCAGAUGUUCGGAUUUUGUCCACUGAAAUAUCUAUGCAUUCUGCAACAAGAACACUUGAUGUCAUGUGUGAUAGGCACAUUCUGGGUAGACAGCACUUUUCUCUACUUCUUCUAGUCAACUCCUAGCUGAUAAAACCUAAACGGAUAACACUGGUAUUAUUAUGCAUUUUAAUUUUGUCAGCAAAUCUCAACACAAGACAAAAAAAAAAAAGUUUGUUUCUGAUUUUUCUUGUUUUUCUGACUUCCACUUUGACCGUGUCUCUUGGUUUAUAGUGAAGACAAGAAUCUAUUAUGUGUGAUUCGCAUAUUUAAAAAACUCGUAUCGAUCGUAUCCUGGCUCGUUACGCCGCUCCUGGAAAAGCCGUUUUGGCGCCUUUAGUCUUAAAAUCCUUCUUUUUCUUCUGAUUGGCUCCCAGAGCUUCAGGCGAGGGGAGAUUCUCGAGACGACCGUGUAAGGAGAUCCAACGCUUCAAGCUUUCAGCUCACAGGGAUUACAAUAACACACGUUCGCCUAAUUAAACGAAGGCUUCAGCAAUCUCUCACAUAUAUGAUAUAAACCUGAAAUAAGUCCCCUUUAAAACCGAGGAAGCAGCUGGCCGCUAUACUUUUUGUAAGCAUUGCUCAAACUGAAGUGCAUUACUUAGGGACUGUUUCCAGCAGCUGAUUAAUCCGCAUUUGGUGCUCUGGUGAGUAUUUGUGGCAGCAGAGGUGUGUGUGUGGGUUCAGGUCAGAGUAAACUAUAGUGUGUGUUUCCGUGGUAAUCAAGGACAACAGUGUGGCUCCCUGCUGGGAUUUUAACUGUUUCUGGCCAACAAUGAAGCUCUGCAGAUACAUCUGGCACACACACACGAUACUACACUGCACCUCUGCUCAUUUUAUUGCAUUUGAUGUCAGAGGUCAAUAUAAAGCAUUUCUACGGGGCGACGAUGCAGACGCAUGUAAUAUAUUAGGCUGCCACGGUUUUAGUUCUUAACUGCUAACUUGAAUUUUUACAGUACAGUGGUUCACAGUCAGUAUAACCGUUUCUCUAGUUUUUCCUCUGAACAAUAUUAGUCACAGUAGUCGUCGUAGUUUUAGUAAGAGUAGUUCGGGAUUUCGUGCAAUUCUCUUUAGAGUCUGCUGGAUUUUUGAGGCCGGCGCUCACACCAGUGUUUAGGCAGCAGGACAUUCUGAUGAGGAUUUAUAUGGGCCAGUAUUCUUUUAUAGAUAUGUAAGUACACAGUAUUUUAGAGCGAUAUAUCAAAUAACUAACGAUGUGGUCACCGUUCAGUAUUCCAGCAAUGUAUUUCAGAAACACUUUAGCAACUUAGAAUAGAGACACGCCUCGACUCCAUGAUGCUGCUCUGCUACAUGUGCUGCAAACGGCGUCGGCGCCCCUCCGCUGGGAAAACCGAGCGAUGACUCCAUUUAGAAAUUAACCCGACCCGCUUUUUUUUCUACCUUGUACUAAAAAAACAAAACAAAACAAAAAAAAAAGUUUUACAAAGAAUGAAAACAGAGUUUUUACGUCACACUGGACAACUUACAUGACUAUGAUGAGCAAAUAUCACUAAACCAUCGCUAAAUCUAAUGACGUGUUCAGACCAAUUUUGAUACACACAGUCUAUGCAAAAGGUGCAAAUUCAAACCGAUUUGCACCGGGUGAGGCGAGAAUAGAGGCAAAUAAACAGCCGCGGGGUUUCAGCGAGAAAUUCACUUCAAGCUGUGCUGUUAAAGCCGAUCAGCUGCUUCCCCUGACUCAGCAUCCGAGAGAUACGAGGGGGGAGGAAGAGUUUGGAGAAAGUUUCAGAGGAAAUCUGGAACCGGGCGUCCCAUCGGUCGCUGGGGUGAAUAUUUAGGGGUUGCAAAACGAUCCAAAACCAGCAACCGCAUUCAUGAGAGUCACACAAAGUGAAACUCUGUUUCAUGUUUGGUCUGAACACCACGUUAGAGCCGCAGCUUCAAGGUGAUUUUCACCUGCAUUCCUGCCCAUUAAAACAACGACACUACACGUGUGCACACAACGUGGGUACAUCGCUUCCUCUUUAGUGUUCGAGCGUGUAAACAGCUUUACAGAUGACUUUUGGCCAACUUUUGAAUUAUCUUGAAAAGAAAAAACAGACGGAGUGAGAGAGAAAAUGUUGUCCUUUAUAACUUUUUGCUGGUACGUGUAAAGAAUAGAGCUCAUCCUGCUUACGGGUAGAAUUCUGUCCUAGUAGCUUUCAUUGCAUGAAGUUAUCUUGUCACAUUUUCUGACUGAGAACAGCUCCUGUGAACAAAGCUUCCUUUAAACGUGCUCACCAAGCCUCACGGGAGCUGCGCUCGAACAGUUAAAAAAACAACAAAAAAAGUCUUUUGAUCCGUGUCAAUAUGAAAAGUAUCUACUACAUUUUAAAUGAUGUAAUCUGAGUAGUUAGAUGUUUGUAAUGUCUCUUUCUCCAGUGGUCAAGUCUGGAUUAUAGGAUACAUGAAAAUUUUUAGGGACUUUUUGUUUCAUGUUUUUGUUUUUUUGGGGUCGUUUUAACUGUGGCUGUUUGUCUCUGUCCGCCGGUGCAAAGUCUGAACUUCCAAGUUUACAUCUGCAUCCAUUUGUUGUGUCCAAAACUCCAGCCUGCGCCUUAACAGUGGGAUGGAGCGGGGGUGGGUGUGUGUGUGGGGUUGAAGUGACCCUCCCUUCUUUCCUUCCUUCCUUCCUUCCUUCAGAUGCCUUUAGUAUAACGAACUGGUCCUGAUCUUCCUGAGCACAACUGCUUGAGCUGUGACACUAGCAGGAUGUCCCCUCUGAGAGUCCCCUGCCCUGUCCCCGCCUCCAGCACACCCGCCCCAGUACUACCAUCCCAAUCCCCCCCUGCCCUGCCCCCAGCCUUCUAGUAUGUGAGUUGACCGGUCCCCUUUUGUAUUCCUGGUGUUCUGUACAUAAUGACCUUCCCUUCCCUCUCCCGUCCUACCCGCCCCCGGCUGUCCUUUCAGGGGGAAAAGAAAAAAAAACAAAAAAACAUCCUGACUCCCCUGAAAUCUUGUAUUUUGUUCUAAUAAUGACGAAAUUUAUUUAUAAGGAUUUUUUAAAAUCUAACUCUUUCUCCUUUUGUAAAUGUUCCAGUUAAAUAAAGUUUAAAAAAAUGUUAAAAAAUUAAAUGGAUAUAUUGAAAGGUUAAAAAAAAAUGUCUCUAGAAGUCCCCGCCCCCUCCUCUGGCUCUGUACUCUGAACUUUGUGUUUUUGUUUUUUCUCUUUCUGUAUGCUUCUCUUUACGUGCUUCAGAUGAAGAGUUCUAUUUAUUAUGACAUUAACGUUAUUAUAAUUAUGACUAAUUAUUAAUAUUAUCAUCAUCCUCAUCAUCCUCAUUAUUAUCAUUAAUAAACUUGUCUACUUCAGCCUCCGCGUCUCCGCUGUUUUGUGGUGAGUGAUGAGUUGCUGGAUGCUCGGGACGCGCCGGGGCUCGCGGUAACGCUACAAGUCCCACGACGCCGCGUGACACGAGCCAGGUGGAAUGGGGGCGGGGCCACGCUUCCAGACCCAUUUGUCUUGUGCCGGAGCCCCUCUGGGGCCGCAUGAUGGAGAGCACCUGUCUGUCGCCGAGGCUGCCAUUUACCCAACCGAAAGACAAACUCAAAGACCGAAGCCCGCGAGUGGAAAAAUAUAGAAGCGCCUUCAGGGGGAAGCGGGAGAGACAAAAAACACGAAUGUAAAUACUUCAGAAGAUCAGUGCCUCUCCAUCACUGUUGACUUUGUUUAAUCCUUUGAGCCUCUACAAACAAUGGGAGAUGGGAUUUUUUCUUUUUUUUUGUCACAACAAAAUCUAGAAAAUGUUAUUUGUGUCACUGCUGUGCCACAUCAGGAUGCGCACACGCUCCCCUUCAGUAGGCGAAUACGGUUCGUGUGCUUUUGUUUUAACGUCGCCGUUUUUAUUAGCUGUUUAAGACAUGCCCCAGUUUCUGUUUUCUGCUUAUUAAUAAUACAUAAUAACACGAAACUGACAUUUAAUGGAGGCGACGAAGGCACGUGAGAGCGGGCACGCAGGGGACAAAAAGACACUGAAAAAUAAACUAUUUUUAGUUCAUGUUGACAUUUUUCGCUUUAGUAUUCAAACAGCUGAGAGAGGACUCGUAUCAGUUUUCUAUAUAUUCUUCCAAACCAAGUGUAUAACCUGAUAUUUAACUAAAGCUGUUUUCACACAAGAACCCUGGAAAAUGUCUCCGGAUGUUUCUCCAUAGCGAGAAUAUCGAGUUCGCUCUUUGUGACGGUGCAGCCUGGACACGCUGUGCAAGACAAAGAGUUCUCUGGUUUUUAUUAGUUUUUAAUUCAUUUUCAGUCGUUGGUUUGAGUUUGGGUUCAGAGUGAGUUUGCUUUUUUCAUUUUUUGCUUUGAUUUUUUAAAAUUGUUCAGUUUUUGCUUAGUUUUGGUCUUUUUUUUAUCAUUUUAAUAUGUGGAAGUAUCUCCAAGGCUUGCUAAAGGAAGACACCCCAGUUUUCAUUAACCAUACAAGCAUGAGCAAAUUAAGUAAAAGCUAACAACAUUAAGAUUUUUUCAAAAUGUUCAUCAUGAGAGUCCAACAGAGGAGAUUAUGGAUGCUGUUGUGUCAGUAUGGAACAACAUCUCUGGCUGCCCCUCAUCACCACACAGUAAAGGUUACGUGACAGCAAUUCACAGCAUCAUGUCAAGAAACUGUCUAACAUCAGGUAAAUAACUACAGUGUUUGAGAGAAAAAAAACCAAUAAUCAGAUGAUCUGCUAUCCGAUUGUUCAGUCUGACACCACUAGCCGAGUCUG